AUGCUUGCUGCCAUUUUCUUUUUGUUAAUUUCUAUUGUAAUUUGUAAUUGUAUAUUUUGUAAUGAUGGUUCAAAUCCAUGUCAAUUUGAUUCAGCAGAUUUGCCUAAUUCAUAUUUUUUACCAAAAAAUGGCUAUCAUUGCCUUGAUACCUUCACUGGUCAAAUUAUUUGUACAUGCCCAGAUGGUUCAACAAGAUAUGAUAAACCUUGUAGAAUUUGUGAUCGACGGCCAAAUCCAUGUGGAGUUGGAUCAUCAGUUAUUUCAUGUACUGACAUAAAUCAAUCUUUUUCAUGUUUAUGUUAUAAUACACAAGGAGAAAUAAUACAUUCAACAAAACCAUGUGAUGAAAAUAUUGUUACACCUGUUACACCUGUUACACCUGUUACACCUGUUACACCUGUUACACCUGUUACGCCUGUUACGCCUGUUACACCUUCAUCUCAAAUAAAAUGUGAUAAUGAGGGUGUUAGAGAUCCGACGACAAAUCUCUGCGAUUGUCCUAGUGGUUUUAGUGGUAGUAAAUGUGAAAUACGAGCAGAUAAGCAAUUGUGUGAUAGAAUUCAAUGCUUGCCAAAUGGUGUCUGUGCUAUUCGUCCAAUCUACGAUGGAGCAACAAUAUAUCAAUCAAAAUGCCUUUGUCGAUCAGGCUUUGAUGGAGAUUAUUGUGAAAGACAAAGUGUAAUUGGUACUUGUACAUCAUCAUAUUGUUUACAUGAAGGUGUUUGUAAACAACGAUCAAUUGGCUCUUCUAAUUAUAUUUAUUGCCAAUGUCGACCAGGAUGGACUGGUACAACAUGUGAUAAACAAUACUUUCGUUGUCGAUCAUCAGGAUAUUUUAUUGAUGAACAGUUGAAAAAUCAAGGCAAAUACUUCUUAUGUGUACCAAGUAGUAAUGCUAUAGAUUAUUUAAUUCGACAACUAUCAUGUCCAAAAGGUCUUAAAUUUAAUCUUGACAAAAAACUUUGCCUUCAAUAA